CCUGUGUAAAGAAACAGCAGCGCCGCCUCGUCUGUGCCUGAAACGUCCCAAUGAGCCUAAAUGGCAGCUUGACCUCGUUAGAGGCAGCCUCCAAACGGUCACUGUGGGAUAAGAAUAAACCUUUUCUUCUAGAAAGUGAGCAAUGAAAGUAUUCACUACGUCAGGAAAGCCUUGAGGGCUGUCGCAAAGGUGUUGCCCUCUCUAUUCACCCCCACAGAAGCCUGAGACGGAGUGGCAGAAGGUGGAGUACCUCAUGGAGUUCGGCCAGUGGCUCCACCACAGACACUUUCCUCUCGAGGACGUGGUCUUCCACCUCCGCUGGGCCGUCGAGAUCCUGCUGGCCAUGAAGCCACCCAGCGACGCCCCGGAAGCAGAGCCCACACCGGACGGGGAGUACGUGGCCGUGCAGAUGCCCCCACAGAGCUCCGUGUCCGAGGCUGGGGAGGUGGUGUCCUUGGAGCAGCUGCGUAGCGUGCGGCAGCUGGAGGCACUGGCCCGUGUGCACAUCCUACUGGCACUGGUGCUGUCGCCGGGUGCCGAGGGCUACGAGGACUGCUGCCUUGCAGCCUAUGCCUUCUUCAGGCACAUCUGGCAGGUUUCCUUGAUGACAGCAGGAAAAUCGGUUCUAGAAAGCAGACCCCUGGCAGCAACCAGCUCACAUCUGUUAUUGCCUAAAAAAGAGAAGGAGAAUGAGAGGAGUAAAGAGAAGGAGAAGGAGAAGGGAAAGGAGGAGAAAGCCAAGGAGCCCAAGCAGGUGGUGCCCGGGCGGCCGUGGUGGAGAGGCCGGGCCCAGGAUGGCCUGUGCCUCAGUUUCCCUGCCUGUCAGGGUUCUCGGAGGAGCCCCAGGUGGCCUCAGUGCAGAGGCUGGGCCCUGGCCGGCCUGUGUGCCCCGGUUUCUCUCCCUGUCAGUAUGUCUGUAAAGCACCUGGCGUGUCCCUGGCGGGAAUCCCGGGCCUGGAGCUAGCCACGUAACGCAUGCGGCUUGCACAAAGCACAUCGUCCCAGGUCUGCCAGGCUCGGAGGCCAUGGCAGUAGACACAGCCCAGGGUCUGGGUCCCAGAGCAGUGAGAAAAGUGUUUUUUUAAUCCCAUGAAACCUUUCUCUCUGCAAGUAUCCACUUCUGAAAGUGCUGGGCAGAGAAACCACUUGGCCGCCCAGCUUCCCAGAGCGGGACACUCACACCCAGACCCUGGCACGAGCACUGCUGAGCUCACCAGUCAGCUGUCAGAGGGGAGAUGCAGGAGGCAGAGGCUGCAGAGCCUUAGCUCCUGGAAGUCCUGAGCCUGGGCACCCCCAGGCCGACUCUGGCUGUGCACAGGGCAGACAGCUUUGCGUGCACUGCCUGGAAACAGUGUCAGAGGCUGGAUCUGGGUGCUCGCUGGGGUCUGCUGGUAGGAGGGAUGCCGGCUCCCCAGGGCUGUGGCCUGCCUGCUGCACAGCCAUGCCGGUGGGGGCUGGGGGGCGGUGUCUGCUGUUUCCACCGUUUCAGGGAAAUCCUGCAUUCUUACCUUUCUAGUGUCAAAGCCCAGCUCCUAACAAACAACUAGAAGACUUACCCACGAGCAUAGAAGAGUGGGCUUCCUACUCCUGCCCCGAGGAAGUGCUGUCUGUGCUGAAACAGGACAGAAGUGACUCUACUGUUAACCCCUCAAGUAUCCAGAAGCCGACGUACAGUUUGUAUUUCCUGGACCACCUGGUCAAGGCCCUGCAGAAGAUGUGCCUACACGAACUCACGGUCCCCGUCCUGCAGUUGGGGGUGCUGAUUUCGGACUCCGUGGUGGGAAGCAAGGGCCUGGCGGAUCUCUACCACCUUCGCCUCGCCCACAUGUGCUCCGAGCUGAAGCUGAGCGAAGCAGCUGCGCACCAUGAAGAGGCGGUCGGGCAGGUGUACGUCAGCGAGCUGGAGCAGGCCAGCUGCAGGAAAGAGAUCGCGUUGAAAAAAGAGAAAAAUAAGGAACCUUUAUUAGAAGAAAGCCUGCCGACACUGAGUGAGCAGACACUUCCCAUCCGGCCUGGGGAGAUCAAACCGCUGGAAGCCAAGGACAAGAUUUUGAAGAUGAAUGGGGAGACCGGGAAGGGCCUGGAUGGGACAUCCUUUCCCCUCCUGUGGAUGCUGAAGGCAGAAGUUCUGCUGGAGAUGAACCUGUACCAGCCUGCACGGCUGCUCCUGUCGGAGGCUCAUCUGGCUUUCCAGGAGCUGGAUGAGCCCUGUGCAGAGGCCCAGUGCCUGCUCCUCCUUGCACAGUUGGCCAACAAGGAGAAAAACUAUGGACAAGCCAAGAAAAUGAUUGCACAGGCCCAGGCCCUGGGUGGAAGUGAGGAGUUCUGGUACAAUUCCACUCUGACCCUGGCAGAGGCGCUCUUGUCCAUGGAACACCCAGGAAGAGAAGCUACGGUAAGAGGCACGGGGACCUGGGGCUGCACGUUGGAUGCUCUGCCUGGCAGACCGCUGAUGACACGCCUGGAUCCAUCCCUGCCCACCCUCAGACACGCCGGUAUCCGCCCCCGCCUGUCCUCAGGCCUGUAUCUGUCCCCGCCUGUCCUCAGGCCUGUAUCCACCCCCGCCUGUCCUCAGGCCUGUAUCUGA